AUGGCCAAACUCCCCACCGCUCUCCUCUCGAGGAGCCUACCAUCAUCCGCGUCCGCUCUCUUAUCCAGCACAUCAAGACCGACAACGUCAAGGAUAGCAAGGCAAACAACACAGCAAGUCCGCCACGCCACCGAGGUGGUCCGGCCCAAGCGCCCCUACACAUUCACGCAGAUCGUCCAGCUGAGCGACGGGUCGACCUACACCACGCGGUCCACGUCCCCCACGCCAGUCCACAGGUCCACCAAGGACACGCGGAACCACCUGACGUGGCAGCCGUCCGAGUCAUCGCUCAAGAACAUCGAGCUCGACGAGGCCGGCAAGCUGGCGAGCUUCAGAGAGCGCUUCGGCUCCGCCUAUGACCUGGCGGACGAGACGGAGGGCGCGGAUGGGAAGGACGAUGCCGCGCCUGUGGACAGCUUUGCCGACCUGAUGGCUACGUACGUGAGGGACGACCCGAACCUGAAGGGUGGCCAGGUUGCUUCAAAUCGUGUGGCGAAGAAGGGCAAGAAGAAAUAA